AUGGCUACCCCUAGUGUCCUCGCUUUUGACGCUGAGGGUCGAGCCAUUGACUUUGAGGUCUGGGUCGACGACCUGCAGCUGUUCUUACAGUGCGAUAGGGCGGACGGUCUUUCCCUCUUUGACCUCACCUCUGGCGCCUCUCCUGCCCCUACUGCUGAUGCUGACCCCACUGUUCGCUCUCAGUGGGCCACCCGCGAUGCUGCUGCACGUCUUGCUGUGCGUCGCCACCUGCCUACCACUGAGCGCGCGCACUUUAGUCAGUACAAGAGUGCUCAGACCUUGGACCACUUCCUCUCAGUCUGUCCCACCACUCUCACUGUCGACCUCCUCGAGAAGUCCCUCCUGGCGGCGGAGAAGAGCAUCGUCGCUGUAGGAGCCUCUCGUGGUGACCCUCGCACCCCCAUCUUUGAGGGGUGUUCUCCUUCCCCCCUGCUGCCCUCUGUUGCCUCUGCUGCUGCUGCCGACCUGCUUGGUCUUGAGUCGGUCUGCGCGGCGUCUGCCCCUAGCGGGAGACGCCGCCCUGGCAGGGGCAAGGGGGGCAAGGGCGCGGGUGGAACUGGCGGGGGCGGUGGAGGUGGCGGUGGAGGCGGCGGAGGGAGUGGGGGUGGCGGUGGGAGUGGUGGCGGGGGCGGUGGUGGCGGUGGCAGCAGCGGAGGAGGAGGCGGUGGUGGCGGCAGCGGUGGGAGCGGAGGCAGCGGUGGUGGUGGAGGUGGAGGCGGCGGUGGCGGAGGGGGUGGAGCUGGUCGGGGUGGUGCCCCGCAGCGUAGCGGCUCUGGUGGUGGCCAGCGUCAGCAGCAGCAGCAGCAGCAGCGUUCGCGGGACAUCCCCCCGCCCCAGCAGCUCCGUGAGUGGUACACGCAGCGUCAGCGGGGUGGGGGUUUUGGUCCGUGCACCUACGUCCUUCGUUCCGGCGACCGCGCGGGUGAGCAGUGUGGGGGUGCCCACCCCACCCAGCGCUGCUUUGGCCGCCUGACGGACGCUUGGCGUCAGCAGUUCCCCGAGGCUAGUGAGAUUCCCCGUUGGGGAGAGCUGUCUAGGGCUGGCGUAGCUAUCUUUGAUCUUGACUUUGAUGCUAUCCUUGCUGCCAUGUAUGCUGUGACUAUUAGUGAGGAGGGUGACUGUUACCGGUGUUUCCCGCCCGACCCGGGCAUUGGUACUGCUGCGCUAGGUACUUCUGCGGCUGCUGCUCUAGGUGCCAGUGCGUCUGCACUCUCAGGUACUGGUGAGGCUGCGCUCUCAGGUACUGCGUCGGCUUCGGCCUCCCUCACCUUCACCCUUGACUCAGGGGCUUCUCGCUCCUUCUUUCGAGACCGCACCACACUCACGCCGCUUGGCCGGCCGGUUGCAGUCUCCCUGGCUGACCCCUCUGGGGGUCCUGUCCUCUCUCACUUCUCCACUGUCCUCCCGUGUCCGGCUGCCCCCUCGGGCACCUUGUCUGGUCUGUACCUCCCCUCGUUCUCGACGAACUUGGUGAGUGGUGCUGACCUGCAGGAUGCGGGGGUUCACCAGUUUACUCCUGCGAGUCAGCGGGUGACCCACUGCUCGGACGCCCGCACAGGCCGUCACCUGGCCACGUUUUCGCGUCGGCCGGGGUCGAUUUAG